UAUAUGCCUAUAUAUUUCACUUGCUUAACCUCACAAUGAAUCAAACUAAAAAUAGAACCAAACAAAACCAAUCUCCUUAUUAGAAGAAGCAUGAACAUAGUGUCCGUCCGGGCUCUCUCUCCGCCCUCCAGGUUGUUACAUCGUGCCGAGAGAUGUAGAGUGGGAGGGAGAAACUACGAAAAGCCUGAACUGAAACAAAGCAACUUCUCAAAAGACGAAGACGAUCUCAUCCUUAGGCUUCAUGCACUUCUUGGCAAUAGAUGGUCAUUGAUAGCGGGAAGGUUACCUGGAAGAACCGAUACCGAAAUAAGAAUCCAUUGGGAAACUUACUUAAAGAGGAAACUCAUGAAAAUAGGAAUAGACCCAACCAACCAUCGUCUCUACCAUCACGCAAACUAUAUUUCAAGACAAUACCUCAGCUCCUCUCGUAAGAAACUUGAAACAGAUAUCGUUAGUGAUCAAUCUUCUUCACUAUCCGAAUCAUGUGAUAUGAGAAUAUUACCCGUUUCAAGUACCGAUUGCUAUGAUGAUAGUGCUACUAGUAGUGCCGGACAUAGUCGUUUGCCUGACCUCAACAUUAGUCUCAUCCCGGCUGAGACGGUGGUUUCUUGGUCAGGUUGUGGUCUUCAAGAAUCUAGCAGCAGUGGUUCGACGCGUCAAGAAACGCUUCUUCUUUUCCGGUGAAAUCGGAUAUUUUAUUGCUACAUAAGAAAUGAAAAAUGGUGUAUGUCAUUCAAAAAAAAAUGGAAAAAGAAAAAUGGUGUAUUUCUUUGUACUA